AGGAGCCGUCUCCAGAUGCUGUUUUCACUCCUUCCGCUGCUGGCUGUUCUCCUGGCAGGCAGUGACCACGCACGCGUGGUCCAGGAACACACCUUCCAAGCAAUCCAGAUAUCAUUCUAUGCCAACCAAUCAUGGGCACAGAAUCAGGGCUCUGGUUGGCUGGGCGAGCUGCAGACCCAUGGCUGGGAAAGUGAAUCAGGCACCAUCGUUUUCCUGCACCCCUGGUCCAGGGGCAACUUCAGCAAUGAAGAACUGGGCGACCUGGAGCUGCUGUUUCGUUUCUACUUCAUUGGAUUAGCUAAAGAGGCUGAAACCUAUCACAGUCAAUUACAGAUCAAAUACCCCUUUAACGUGCAGGUGAGGGCCGGCUGUGAGCUGCGCUCUGGUGAGAGACCAAAAAGCUUCUUGCAGGCGGCUUUUGAAGGUUCAGAUUUCCUGAGUUUCCAGGACAUGGUGUGGGUGCCGUCUGCGGAGGGCGGCGGUCAGGCCCAGAAGGUCUGUGACCUGUUAAAUCAGUACGAAGGCAUCAAGGAAACAGUCAAUAACCUCAUCAGGAACGUGUGUCCCCGGUUCCUCUUGGGUCUCCUGGAUGCAGGGAGGCUGGAUCUUCAGAGACAAGGUCAGUUUAGCUCUCUUCUCCGAGAUUGUUUGUUCAGGUCGCGCCCUUCCUCCGCCGUCCUGAGCGCAGGGAAGAGGACCGAGGGGAAGUUGCUAGUGGAAGAAAAGGGUGACCAGGCCCUGACGAGGAGACCUGGGGGGCCCCUGACCGCCCGCUCCGCAUCCGAGCCCCUUCCGCCUAUGGCACCGUCCCGUGAGACGCCUGCAGAUUCCCGGGCCGCCUCCUCUGCGCAGGCUGUUGACACCGCGCGCCUCCUGCGCGAGGCCCACCUGCCAGCGAGGCCUGAUUUCCGGCGCUCUGUGAACGGGAUUUCCAUUGCGGCUCUGUCCCUGCGACUGUGUCCAGCCCUCAGGCCCCUCUCUCACAUCCUGCCCGCUGAGAAAAGUGCAAAAAUCGAGCAAGUCCCCGGGGAGCCUGGCCUUCAGUGGCGGAUGUUCACCUGGAACAACCGCACACAGACUGAGGGGUGCCCUAGACUGUCUCAGCGGACAGUCGCUACUGACAGAUGCCUUCUCCCUGCCCCUUGA